AUGGAUCUCGCUGAGGCUGGAGCGGCGCCGGUCAUUCUGGCUGACUGGCUGGAUCGCAUCUUGACCUCCUGGCAUGAGAACCGGGUCGUUUUGUCGACUCUGCUCGGGCUCUGCGUUCUCGCGGUCAUCGUGCAACGCAGACAUGCCUACAAGAUCGCACAGCGCGGUUCUCCAACCCUGGAGAAGGCAGAGUGGCUCGCACAGAAUGACGACGCCCAUGUUCAGGUUGAAAAGGGCGAAAGGAAUGAAUUUCCUGCAAGAAAUACCCCUUCGCUCACAUCUGGCCAGGCUCGAAAACCUCGAACUGCAGCCGCUGCAGUCCGUGUUGUAACUGGCCGCAAGCCGGCAAGUUCGAGAGGAGGACAGGCAGCGCUGCAGAGACGACGAGAGCCGUCUCACAUAAAGCCCCUGAUCUUCUUCUCGUCCUUGACUGGAACUACUGAACGCCUCUCAAAGCAGGUAGCGGCGGAACUCGAGCAAAUCUCGGCCGCCCAGCACGCGAUCCUUAGGCCUCAAGUAUACGAUCUCUCAUAUGUUGAUCUCGACGACUACUUCAUAUCAGGGCCAAAAACGCCCGAGCCGAAUGCAGAUGUCUUGUAUUUCUACCUCCUUUUGAUACCUUCCUACGAUAUCGACACCAUCUUGAACACCUUCCUUGCACAUUUAGACGAGACACACAAUGACUUCCGCAUCGAUACGGCACCCUUGUCUACAUUGGCAGGCUACACCAUAUUUGGUAUCGGUGAUAAAGAAGGCUGGCCCUCUGAAGAGAAGGGGUUUUGCUCACAAGCUGUAGAGGUCGACAAGUGGAUGGCCAAGUUGACUGGCAGGAAGAGGGCGUACCCUUUGGGACUUGGUGACGUGAAGAGCAAUCUCGACAAAGCGCUGCAGGACUGGACAGGCGGCGUCUGCAGCGUUCUCAAGGAGGUGAGCAAGACGGGUGCGCUCGGUGAAGGAGUUCCUGGAAGCGGGGAACCUGUGGAAAGUGGUGACGAGGAUGAGCCAGAGCAAGGGGACGAAGAGGUCGAAUUCCCCGACUCUGGUCGCAAUAAGAGACGAAAGCUUGCAAAUACCACAGAUCUUGAGGAUGUGGGCGGGAAGGCUAAUUCCUAUGCGGCUCCAAUAGCCGUUGAUUUUACCACCUACAACUCUGCGCCUUCAGCGCCGACGGCGUUGAAGGCUAUGGUCCCCAAGGAAUCUCCCACUCACGCAGCUCUGACCAAGCAGGGGUACACCAUCGUGGGCACCCAUUCCGGGGUGAAGAUCUGCCGUUGGACCAAAUCUGCCCUUCGUGGCCGCGGGUCCUGCUAUAAGAAUUCCUUCUAUGGCAUUGCGUCCCAUCUGUGCAUGGAAACCACUCCAUCGCUGUCAUGCAGCAACAAAUGUGUCUUUUGUUGGAGGCACGGAACCAACCCGGUAUCAACAACUUGGCGCUGGCAAGUGGACGAUCCGGAGCUUAUUUUCGAGGGUGCGAAGGAAGGCCAUUACAAGAAGAUCAAAAUGAUGCGCGGCGUCCCCGGCGUGCGCGCCGAAAGGUUCGAAGAGGCGAUGCGCAUUCGACACUGUGCUUUGAGCUUAGUGGGCGAACCGAUCUUCUACCCGCGCAUCAACGAGUUCGUGGGACUCCUGCACGGAGAGAAGAUAUCGAGUUUCCUCGUCUGCAACGCCCAGCAUCCGCAGCAACUGCGUGACCUUCGCCGGGUCACGCAGCUAUACGUCAGUAUCGACGCCAGCAACAAAGACAGUCUGCGCAAGAUCGACAGACCUCUCCAUCGGGAUUUCUGGGAACGGUUCAAUUCGUGCCUGGACAUCUUGCGGGAGAAGCGGUUCGUGCAACGCACUGUGUUCCGCCUGACGCUGGUCAAGGGAUUCAACAUUGACGACGAAGUAGAAGGGUAUGCCCAUCUCGUGGCCAAGGGCCUACCCUGCUUCGUCGAGAUCAAGGGUGUCACAUAUUGCGGCACAAGUUCCUCCGCCGGUGCCGGCCUGACGAUGCAGAACGUCCCCUUCUACGAGGAAGUCGUCGCCUUCGUCGAAGCCCUGGACAAGGCGCUCGCGAAACGCGGUCUCGAGUACGGCAUUGCUGCCGAGCACGCGCACAGCUGCUGCGUGUUGAUCGCGAGCAAACGCUUCCUCAUAAAUCAGAAGUGGCACACUCUCAUCGACUACGACAGGUUUUUCGACCUGCUGGACGGUCCAAAAGAGUUUAAGCCCGAGGAUUACUGCAGGGAGACGCCCGAGUGGGCGCUCUGGGGCAAUGGUGGGUUCGACCCCAGAGACGAGAGGGUGGAUAGGAAAGGAAGACCAAAAGUGAAAAAAGCUGGCGGCGACGACGGUGGUGAGGAUAAGACCGGAGCAAGCACAGGAGAGGGAAAAGCCCAGUGGGACUUUUGA